CCGCGCAUGCGCAGAGCGCCCAGCGUCCUUCCGUGCCCGCCGCUCCCGGCGCUCUCCCCCCGCUGCUUUUGGGGCGCUUUCCCCACUUUUAGGGUUUUUUUUCCCCGCUUUUAGGGUUCUCUGGUUCUCUCCCCGCUUUUAGGGCUUCAUCCCGGCUGUCCCGGCGGCGGGGGACGCGGGGAAAGCGGCGGUGCCGAGCUUUGUGUUGUUCUUGGAAAGUUUCGCACCACUUGUGAAUUCCCUGAACCUUGGCCUUGCCAGCCCCCUUGUGUUGGGCCCUCCUCCUUUUCAGCUUGCCCAAAUUAAGACCCACUUGGCUCUCCAGCACUUGGCUGCCAGCGGCGGGCGGGCACCUCCCCAUGCUGGCGCCCGCCAGGCAUUGCUGAAAGACGCAAUGUUUAGCCCCAGAGGAACCUUGCCCCCGAGGCCCAGAGGACCCAACCCGUCAGGCACCAAACCCCCGGCAGCUUUCAGGGCCGGAGGCGCGGCGGGGCCGCCCAGGAAAGCCGCGCCCGCGACGCCCCAAGGAGCGCCCCAAAGAUUAUCGGGGCAGGACGCGCUGCAGUGGACGGGUUCGCAGAGGAUCAACGUCCGCGUCACGCUGCACAGGGCCGAUCCCAGGAAAGUCAAGGAGAAGACCGGCCUGCACCAGGAGCAGAAGGGAGACCUCCGUGCCACUCGCUGGGAUGGCGGCCCCUGCCCCGCUGGCACCGCCGGGCCGAAGCCGCCCGGACCGGUGCCGCUUUUGGAGCAGAGUUCCAACCCCCAGAACCGCUACACGCCCGAAAGCGCCUCCAGCAUUUUAGCGAGCUUCGGGCUGUCCAACGAAGACCUGGAGGAGCUGAGCCGCUACCCCGAUGACCAGCUGACGCCCGAGAACAUGCCGCGGAUCCUGCGGGAGAUCCGCAUCCGGAAGAUGGGCCACACCGUGCCCGGCCUGCACGCUCCCAGCCGGGGGGAGGAGCCGGCGGGCGAGAGCAGCGGCGCCGCCGUCAAGGGCAAAGUGAUCGACUACGGCCACGCCAGCAAGUACGGCUACACCGAGGACCCGCUGGAGAUCCGCACCUACACCCCCGAGGCGCUGCCCGAGGAGCCGCUGGAAGCGCGCGUCUACACUCCCGAAAGUUUGAGCGCGGAGAACCGGGAAGAAUUCCAGCGGGAGCAGAGCGUGCCGGUGGCCGUCCCGCCGCCCAACGUGCCGUGCAACCCCGUGUUCCCGGCCGAAGACCUCAUCAAGCUGCCGGCCUUCCCCACCGACUCCUCGCCCGCUCCGACGUUUUUCCCAGCCGAGCCGCCGGCCAAGGUGCAGGUGCUGUGCAGCGCCGUGCCUGCCGCGCUGCCGGUGGUGAAGCCGGUGUCCCAGCCGCCCGUGCCGCCGGUGCUGCCGCCCAUCCUGCCGGCGCUGCUGCCCACGCCGCUGCCGCAGCCCAUGCUGCCCCCGGUGAUACCGCCGCUGGUCCAGCCGCCCGUGUCCCAGCACGUGUUGCCCGCCUUGACGCCGCCGCCCUUCUCGGCCGGGCUCCUGGCCGCCAUCAGCCAACACGAGCAGAAGCAGCGCGACACCGGCGGCGCCCAUCCCGCGCCCGGCACCUCCGGCGGGGCCUCGGCGGGACACAAACCCUUCCACAAACCCUUCCACCCGCCGGCACAGGAGCCCAUCAAAUCCCCGUUCGGGGUGGUGAAGGCGUCCUGGCUGCCUGUGUUCCCGGACCAGAAGAGUAAACGCCUGCCCACCCCGUCCAUGAUGAACGACUACUAUGCCACGUCGCCGCGAAUAUUCCCACAUUUGUGUUCUCUGUGUAACCUUGAAUGCACUCAUAUGAAGGAUUGGAUCCUGCACCAGAACAACCCCGCCCACCUCGAGAGCUGCCGCAGGCUGCGCCAACAAUAUCCCGAGUGGAAUCCUGAGGCUCACUCCUCCAACAGGCACGGCGCGGACCGCAAGGAGAACCGCACGCCGCGCCGCCGCUCGGGUUCGUGCAGCCCGAGCCGCUGGUCCCCGUCCCGCCGCUGCCCCGCGGGCCCCGCGCGCCGCCGCCGCUCCCGGUCCCGCAGCCCCGGGCGGCCCCGGCGGCCGCGCUCCCGCAGCCCGCGGCACCCGCCGCGCCCGCGCUCCCGCUCCCGGCCCCGCUCCCGCAGCCGCUCCCGCUCCCCGCAGCGGCCCCGCGCCGCCCCCCGCGGCAGCCCCCGGCCACGGAGAUCGCCCAGCGCCGCCCGCAGGCCCGGCCGCGCCCCGCAAGGCAGCCGCAGCCGCAGCCGCAGCCGCAGCCGCAGCCGGGGCCGGGCCGCGCUCGAGGCCGUGGUGCGCUCGCUCGGGCCGCGCUUCCUGGCCGAGUUCCAGCGGCACCGCUGCCUGCAGGGGGCGCUGCCGGAGCCGCCCGCCGCCCGUGCCGCCCGCAAAACCCCAAAACCGACCCCAAAAUCCGCCCCAAAAGCCGCCCCGAAAGCCGCCCCGAAAGCCGCCCCGAAAGCCGCACCCAAGGAUGGAGCCUCGCAAGCAACGGGAGCGACCCCAAAAACCGACAAGGAGGAGGAGGAGGAGGAUGAGGAUGAAGCGGCUGGGAAGAGUCAACCCUAUAAUAGGCUGCUGCGGGAGGAGCUGCUGAGCUGCGGGACGGUGCUGCAGAUCUCGGAGCUGCCGGACUCGGGAUUCUCCGAGCAGGACCUGAAGCGGCUGGUGCAGCCCUUCGGGAAGGUCAGCGACCUGAUCCUGCUGCGCUCCCGCAACCAGGCGUACCUGGAGAUGAACUACAAGGAGGCCGUGAUCGCCGCCGUCAAGUUCGCCGAGACGGCGCCGGUGCUGCUGAACGGGAAACGCGUCCGGGUCUGCGUGGCCGAGAGAGCCCCGGUGAAGAAAACGGUGAAGAAGCGAGUCCUGAACCCCAAAAAAACUCCAGCCAGCACCAAGAAAAUCCCCAGCAGCAGCAGCACCAAGAACCCCAAGGCCCUGCCAGGGAAAAAGGAAAAAGUGAAGAAAAUUCCGGGAGAGAAGAAAGUGAAGAAAACCUCGAAUGUGGGAGGAAAAGCAGCGGCUGAAGAUUCCGGAGCCGCCGCCGAGGCCGGGCCGGAAACUCCGGGAUCGGAGCCCUCGGACCCCAAAAAUUCCGAGCCUAAAAAUUCCGACCCCAAAAAUUCCCCCGAUCCAGAGGAGCCCGGAACAGCCCCCGAGGAGAGGCCAGAACUUCCAGUGAGUGAGGAGCCCACGGAUCCAGGCGGGAAGGACGCUGACCCCGAGCCCUGCUGCGUGCUGCUGGUGUCCAACCUGCCGGCCAAGGGCUGCUGGCAGGAGGAGCUCUGCAACCUGGCCCGGCCCUUCGGCGGCCUGCGCGACCUGCUGCUGCUCUCCUCACACAAAAAGGCAUACCUGGAGAUCCCCCAGCGAGCGGCCGAGUCCAUGGUGAAGUUUUAUGGCUUCUUCCCCAUGUGCCUGGACGGGAACCAGCUCCGCAUCCGGCCCGAGCCCCGGCACCAGGACCUGCGCGACGAGGAAGCGAUUUUCCUGUCCCUCAUCAAGGAUUCUGAUCCCAAGGUGGACACCUCCUCCCUCCGCUCUCACCUGGUGCACCUGGGGAACCUCCCGGCCGAGGGAUUCCGGGAGCUGGAGCUGGUCUGUGCCGGGCUGCGCUUCGGGAAAGUGGAGCACUACGCCGUGCUCAGCAACCGCCGCCGGGCCAUCCUGCAGCUGGACAGCCCCAAAUCCGCCCGUUCCAUGUACAGCUUCCUGCAGCAAUAUCCUUAUUCCAUAGGGGAUCACACCCUCACCUGCUCCUUGUCCUCCCACGGAGAAAUUCCUGAGGCUGAAACCGGGAAAAGGGAAGUGAAGAGAGAGGAUGGGAGCAAAGGAAGCUCUGGCUUGAAAAAAAAUCCAGAGGUAUCGGGAACGGUGCAAAAAACAGCUGGAAAUCCAUCGGGAGAGGCCAGGAAAGGCCAAAUUCCCACCCCAAGUGUCCCGGAGGAGAUUCCAGCGGGACAACUGGAGAUUCCCGAGCCUCAGCCAGGAGGAACAGCGAGGGAAUCACCCGCAGGGAUGGACGUGGAGGGAUUGGAUCCUGGAAUUCCCGUGGAUCCUGCUGGCAGCAAAUCGCCGGGAGUGAGGUCAGAGGAGAAGGCGGCGCCGCUUUCCGGAGCAGAGAUGGACAAAGCUCGGGAUGAGCCGGAGCUGGAGAUCCAAAAGAAGGAUGAGGAACGCUCUGCUCCUGCCAUGGAACCUCUGGAAUCAUCCAGCAAGGCGAUGCCAGCAGCCGGAGGAACGCCGGGAGCCAUCCCUGGAACGUCCCCGAGCUCGGAGGAGGUCCCUGCGGUGUCACCUGCUGUCACCCAGCCCAGCAUGGAGCUGGCUGCUCCAGAAAAAACUCCCGUUCCCGAGGCUGGGAAAAGCAGCCACGAAACGUCCACGGAGAGGAAAGCUGUCCCAAAAACUGUGGAUGCUCCAGGGAAAAAAUUGGAUGUGGCUGGAGCAGAGAGAGAGGCGAUAGCGGAGGAAUCUGUGCUCAAAGUCGGGGAAAAUCCGGGGAAGAUUUGGGGCAAGGCUGGGAUAGAGCUGGAGAAAACACCUGGAAAAACACCAUCCAAGGGUGGGGAAAACUCUGGGAAUGCCGGUGGUGAGAUCCACGUGGGAAGUUCGGUUAAAAUCUCACAAAAUAAAGGGACGGGAGCUGCAAAAUCCGACGAAAGCCGCGCGGCGGCUCCGGUAAAUCCCGCUUGCAUUGGAAAAACCCUUUUGAAGGCAGUGGUGUCCGUCCCGGACAUCUUGAAGCAGAGAAUUCCCGUCACGAUCACCGAGCCUUCCCUGGGAAGAGUUGGGGAGCAGAAAAUCCCCCCCAAAGCGGGGCUGGAGAAGAAAAUCCCACCCAAAACCAUGGCUCAGCCAGGAGCUGGGAACAGCCAAUGGAAAGGGAACGGAAAUUGUGGAGUGGAUGCACAGGGAGAUGGUGGGAAGAGCUCAUCCCAGCAGGAAAAGGAUUCCCAGCUGGAAUCUCGGGCGAGUUGCAAGCAGAGCCAGCAGGGAGAGAGCGGAACAGCUGGAACGAGGGAGGAUCCCAGCGGGAAUCAGGCUCCUGGUGGGAGUGGUGCUGCAGCUGGGAAAAGCGGCGCCGGCAGUGCUGGAAAACAGAAGGAGGAGGAAGAGCUCUUCCCGUUUAACCUGGACGAGUUCGUCACGGUGGACGAGGUGCUGGAGGAAGCCGAGUCUCCGGUGAUGCCGCGGCGGAACCCCCCGAGGGGGAAGAGAAAAGAAGCUCCCAAAGCCAACCCUUCGGAGCCGGCGUCCAAGAAGAGGAAAGGGAAGAGUUGCGGAGCCGAAGGUGAGCUGUCCUUUGUCACCUUGGAUGAGAUCGGGGAGGAGGAGGACGCCCCGGUGCCGCUGCCGGGCGUCGACCCCCAGGGCCUGGUGGUGGUGGAUGAGGUGGUGGAAGAGGAGGAGCUGUCGGAAGCAGUGAAGGAUCCGCAGGCGCUGCUGACGCUGGAUGAGAUCUCGGAGCAGGAGGAGCCGGGCUCCCACAGGAACGGGCCCCGGGUGGAAUUUGAGGAGCGGGAUCUGAAGGCUGAGCCCUUGGUGACCGUGGAUGAGAUCGGGGAGGUGGAGGAGCUGCCCCUCAACGAGCCCGCGGAGCUGAGCGCCACCGAAGAAGGGAAAACCAAUCCCGGGGAUUGCGUGGCCUCCCAGGUGCCCGAUGAUCCCAACGCCUUGGUGACCGUGGAUGAGAUCCAGGAGGACAACGAGGACAAUCCUCUGGUGACUCUGGAUGAGGUUAACGAGGAUGAGGAUGAUUUCCUGGCCGACUUCAAUCACCUUAAAGAGGAACUAAACUUCGUUACAGUCGACGAAGUUGGUGAUGAGGAAGAAGAAAACACUUUCCCAGGGAAGAACCUGCCCGAGGAUGAAGAUGAUGAAGAUAUUGUUGCUGUUGCAGGACCAGAAGAAAUGGGAAUUCUAGGAGAUACAAAUCCAGAGGAUGAAAUGGCUGAAAUCUCCAAGCCAAAAGCAGCUCAGGUGGGAUCAGAAGAUGCAGAACCAAAGUCUCAGCAGAAGAAAACGACUUUUCCAGGUGUCCCCAAGACACAGAGCACUCCCAAAGCUCUGGACAUCCUGGUCCCAAAGGCUGGAUUCUUCUGCCAGAUCUGCUCCCUCUUCUACGCCGACGAGCCCUCCAUGAUCAACCACUGCAGGACCCCCCUGCACCGGCAGAACAUGGAGAAAUUCAUGGCCAAGCAGCAGGACAGCGGCGGGGAGGAACCAAGCUCCAGGUGAUGGAGCUUCCCAGGAGCGACACUUCGGGGCCAGUCAGUUCUGUGUGUUUGGAUUUCCGUUGUCAUUUGGGGUCGGGAAGGAGCAUCCACGGUGUAAAAAAUCGGAGCUGGGAACAGACUCAACCCAAAGCAGGAGAGGGUUGGAUUUGCAUCUCCGAUCAUCCAACGUCGGAGGGACUGUUCAGGUGUCUCCAGAAAAUAAAAUGUUCUUACUGUAUAGUUACCCCA